CUAGCCCCAAACCAGUACCUGUCCCUCGGCCUCCUGGAGGCGAGAGAAGUCCGAGGUGCCCUGAGGUGCUAAGGGUUAAUAAUUAACCUACUAAGUCCCCUUCCCCUGUGCCCUUUGCUCCAGAGGACAGCAUCUCUGCGUGCAAAACCGGAUGACUAGGAUUUGGGGGAUUCCCUAGCAAGUCUCUGCGUUUGCCUUCCACGUAGGCCAGGUUGUAGUAAGAGAGGCUGGGCUGGGAACGACCCCCCCACUGAGCAGUGAUGUGGGCCCUACAUCAGCACUGGCCCGAAUCCCCACCACUGCACGUUCGAAUCCGAGGAUUAAAAUGAUAAUGUACGUGCCAACACUGUAGGUGGAAAAACUUACCACAAUUGCUUCAUAAAUGAUAACCUAUGAAGUUCAAACGUAGGGCACCUGGGAUCCCGGAAGCACCCACUUCUAAAUUCUCUAUCCUGUCUCCAGGGGACCUGUCUUCUGGGUGCUUUAUACUUUAGGCUUUAUCCGGUUGCAUUUUUGUGGCUUAUUAUUUUCUUUUAACUCCAGGUUGGUUCUGGUUUCGCUGGUUAUUCGUGUGUGUGUGUGUGUGUUUUUAAAAAGUAAUCUCUAUGCCCAACAUGGGACUUGAACUCAUGACCCCAAGAUCAAGAGUCGCACUCUACAGACUGAGCCAGCCAAGGACGCACCACAUCACACCACACCCACCCCCUGCCCCUUAUUCUUCAAAACAAACCUUGUGAACUAUUUCCACAUCCAGGCCCUGUAGUAGGCCUCAAAAAGACAAAAGUGCCUUCACAGAGCUCAAGAUCCAUUGGAAAAUUUAUCAUCUGUUUCCUUGAUUUUCUUGGCUGCUGUUCUAUUUACAGCACUGAGAAUAUUGCCUGGGCCAAAACCACAUUAUUGGUAUAUAAAUAUAUAUUGAAUAAACACAGGAAAGCGUGAAGGACAGGCACAUUGGGUGGUGACCUCAUGACAAAUCAGAGCCAUUUUUCCCCCCAAGUUAGGAGUCUGCCUAGUGGUCAUGGCGGGGACAACAUUCAGGGAAAGGACACAGGAAGCAAGGGAAGAAACAGCCCCCCCCCCCCCCCCCCCCCCGUUCUUAGGGGCUCUCAAUCCCCUGUCUGUAAAAGUUCUUGGAAUUGUUCCUGUCUGUGUAUUUUCUUCUCAGGGGAAGGGGGACCCCAGAUUCUCUGGGAGUCUGGGCCCCAAUCACUAACAAGAUCCUUUCUGGCUACCACAAUUCAUGGAUUCUUGCCCUAUCUCUCCCUCGAAUGCUCCCCCAAAUCCUGGAGGUCAGGAGAACCCCCACCCAGCAUUUCAGAGUCAUUGCUUCCAACCCUAGACAUGGGCUCCCCGCUUCCCAGUGUUGGAAUGUUCCCCAGCUUGCUGACUGUGACCUUAGGCAAGUUGCUUGUCAUUUCCAAACCCCAUUUUGCUCAUCUGUGAAUAGGAAGGGUCAUUCGCACCUCCUUAAAAGGGUUGUAAGGAUUAACACACGCCUGCAAAACGCUGACCACAAUUCGUGGCCUAUAGUAGAUGCUCUGUAGGUGGUGGUUAACUCAGCUGGUCCGCUCUCUCUGCCCCUCCUCCUCCAGAGAGGGGAACCUCCGUCUCCCAGAGCAGAGAGUGGAGUCUGCCGGGUUCUGGGAGCAGAUUAGUUUCGGGUGUCACUUAAUCCGGGAGGCCCUUCCGUAACCGGAGACUUCACAGGGGCAGAGGUGGUAUAAAUCUGCAUAAGGGGCCCAGCCCGGCUCUCAGAGGCUGCAGGAUGGACAAGGGUGCCUCAGCCAAGCUGCUGCUGCUGCCGCUGCUGUGGGCCACCUGCUACGGACAUGCAACAGCCGACCACCUGAGCGGCUACACGUCGGUCAUUGAGGUGACCAACGGGGGACCCUGGGGCGACUGGGCCUGGCCUGAGAUGUGUCCCGAUGGAUUCUUCGCCAGCGGGUUCUCGCUCAAGGUGGAGCCCCCCCAGGGCAUUCCUGGCGACGACACUGCUUUGAACGGGAUCCGACUGCACUGCUCACGCGGGAACGCGGAGCGCAACACGCAGGUGGUGGAGUCCCAGUCCGGCAGGUGGGGCGCGUGGAGUGAGCCACAGUGGUGUCCCGGCCGUGGCUUCCUCGUGGCUUUCUCGCUUCGCGUGGAGGCACCCAUGGCCCCCGGGGACAACACGGCGGCCAACAACGUGCGCUUCCGCUGCUCCGACGGCACGGAGCUGGAGGGGCCCGGCCUGGCCUGGGGCGACUUUGGAGAAUGGAGUAAGGCCUGCCCCAAAGGCAUGUGCGGUUUGCAGACCAAGGUCGAGCGGCCGCGGGGCCUCCGAGACGACUCGGCCCUGAACGACGUGCGUUUUUUCUGCUGUCGGAGUUGACCGGGUCGCCCCCCCCGAAGCUAGUCCCACCUCUCGCUAUUAAAGCUUCUCUGUCUUGG